GAUGGUGAACAGCCAGGUGUCGGCCGCACCUCCGGCCCCCAGGUGGUGCGCGGGGUGCGGGGGGAAGAUCGCCGAGCGCUUCCUGCUCUUCUCCAUGGAGCGCUACUGGCACACCCGCUGCCUGAAGUGCUCCUGCUGCCAGGCCCAGCUGGGCGACAUCGGCAGCAGCUGCUACAGCAAGGGCGGCAUGAUCCUGUGUCGCAGCGACUACAUCAGGCUGUUCGGGCACAGCGGGGCGUGCAGCGCCUGCGGACAGUCCAUCCCCGCCAAUGAGAUGGUGAUGAGGGCGCAGGGAAACGUUUACCACCUGAAGUGUUUCAGCUGCGCCACCUGCAGGAACCGCCUCAUGCCCGGAGAUCGCUUCCAUUACAUGGACGGCACGGUCUUCUGCGAGCACGACAGACCCGGCGCUGCCUUGCUCAGCGGCCACCUGCCCCGUCUUCAGCGUAGUCCCGUGUUGACGGACCAAAAGGUCUGCUGAGGGGCGUGUCCUCUACGUGAUGGGGCGUGUCCUGUACAUGAUGGGGUGUGUCCUGUACGUGAGGGGUGUGUCCUAUUCGUGUGCCCACGCUGGACUUCUCUUUCUCUCUCUCUCUCCCCCGCCACUGUCGCCAUUGUUGUGGAUUCUGCUCACCACCGCGCAUCCCCGUCCUGAAAAUAAUGGCGGCCUUUCUUUGCACCCCGCCCGCCUAACCACCGCGUCGUCCAUGUUGUGCUCGGGUCUUCGGGUGGCCUGUCCCGCUCCGGGGACUCCUUGGGACCGUGAGAGCCUGAGCACAACGCUGAUGAGGUCAUGCUUCCGAGGAAGGGACUAAAGAUGCUUGACGGAGUUCCGGUGGAUGUGAAAAGACGAUGUCAAAGCCCCGCCCCCUAUAAGCAUCAUGAUGUGUUUUUUGUAUCUUGGUCUGAGAUCUGACCCACCGGGCACUGAAUACACAGUAAAACCGGCAAAACGUGUCUGAAAAAAAUCAAUUCAUCCAAACAUUUUCCAGUAGUUGGAAAAUGAAAGCAUGCGGCGGCCAUUUUGAAAUGUUCACAUUUUCCAAAACCAGUCUAAAUUAUUGCCCGGCAGCCUUUUGGCCCCUGAGACGUCACCAGUUCACAAAAAGCAUUCAUCUUGAAUACCGGGCGGUAUAGACUCGCUGCCAUUUUGUGGACAAUGUGAGUAAAUCACAUCAAAGAGAAAUAACAGCACAGCAUUUACUUGUAAGACAUAAUCCGAACAACCUUCCCUAGUCAUUGUGCAAAAUAUAUCUAUAUAUAUAUACAGUCGUGGUCAAAAGUGUACAUACACUUGUAAAGAACAUAAUGUCAUGGCUGUCUUGAGUUGCCAAUAAUUUCUACAACUCUUGAUUUUUUUGUGAUAGAGUGAUUGGAGCACAUACUUGUUGGUCACAAAAAAACAUUCAUGAAGUUUGGUUCUUUUAUGAAUUUAUUAUGGGUUUACUGAAAAUUUUACCAAAUCUGCUGGGUCAAAUAUUUGGUUACAUGUCCUUUGGCAAGUUUCACUGCAUUAAGGCGCUUUUGGUAGCCAUCCACAAGUUUUGGUUGAAUUUUUUUGACCAAUUGGUGCAGUUCAGCUAAAUGUGUUGGUUUCCUUGACAUUGACUUGUUUCUUCAGCAUUGUCCACGCGUUUAAGUCAGGACUUUAGGGAAGGUGAUUCCAAAACCUUCAUUUUAGCCUGAUUUAGCCAUUCCUUUAACACUUUUGAUGUGUGUUUGUGGUCAUUGUCCUGUCGGAACACCCAACUGCGCCUAAGACCCAACCUCCGGGCUGAUGAUUUUAGGUUGUCCUGAAGAAUUUGGAGGUAAUCCUCAUUUUUCUUUGUCCCAUUUACUCUCUGUAAAAGCACCAGUUCCAUUGGCGGCAAAACAGGCCCAGAACAUAAUACUACCACCACCAUGCUUGACGGUAGGUGUGGUGUUCCUCACCUUUUCUCCUCCAAGCAUAUUGUGACCGAACAGCUCAAUUUUUGUUUCAUCUGACCACAUAACUUUCCUCCAGAAGGUCUUAUCUUUGUCCAUGUGAUCAGCAGCAAAUUUUAGACGAGCUUAAGGUGUGGCUUUUGCAGCAAGGGCUUACUUCUUCCAUGGCGACGCAAAACCCGCUUGACUGUGGACACUGACACCUGUGUUCCGGCAGCUUCCAAUUCAUUGCAGACCUGCUUUUAGAUCAGGGGUAGGGAACCUAUGGCUCUAGAGCCAGAUGUGGCUCUUUUGAUGACUGCACCUGGCUCUCAGACAAAUAUUAGCCGACAUUGCUUAACAUGAUAAGUAAUGAAUAAUUCCGCUGGUAAUCACAGUGUUAAAAAUAACAUUCAAAUUAUAAAAAAUUCUCAUGCAUUUUAAUCCAACCAUCCGUUUUAUAUCGCACCUGUUCCAGAUGUCGCAUUAAUGGUAAGAAGUAUUAUAUUUAUUAUUGGUUAACUUUAGAAUAACAAUGUUAUUAAAAAGAAUAAGAGACUUAUUUUACUCUAAAAAUGUUGGUCUGACUUAAAAAUGCACACAUUUAGUUGUAUUCAGUGUUAAAAAAUACUCUAAGCUCUCACGGAAAUACAUUUUGAAAUAUUUGGCUUUCAUGGCUCUCUCAGCCCUGCAAUGAGGUGGCGACUUGUCCAGGGUGUACACCGACUUCCGCCCGAUUAUAGCUGAGAUAGGCACCAGCGACCCCAAAGGGAAUAAGCGGUAGAAAAAUGGAUGGAUGGAUGGGCUCUCUCAGCCAAAAAGGUUCCCGACCCUUGUUUUAGGUUGUUCUCUGUUGACUCUGGAUCAUCCUGAUCAAUUUUCCCUCAGCAGCAGGCGAUUACUUGUGUUUUCUUCCUGAUCGUGGCAGUGACAAAACUGUGCCAUGCACUUUAUAUUUACGACCAAUUGUCUGCACAGUUGCUUUUAGGACCUUAAGUUGCUUUGAAAGUGACUUUCCUGACUUGUUCAAGUCGAUGAUUAUUUUUGUCAGAUCUGUGCAGAGUUCCUUUGACUUUCCCAUUGUCGCGUUUGUAACCGAGUCUAAUGACUGCGUCGCAUGAGCCCUUUUUAAAUUGGCUCAGAGAAGUCAACAGGUGUCGUCAAUCAUAAUAACUCACAUGAAGUUAAGUUAAUUUGAUUUGAUUGUAACUUUUCUACGUCACCAAAAUUGAUCAUGUAUGUUGCUGUACGUAUACUUUUGACCCAGCAGAUUUGGUCACAUUUUCAGUAGCCCCAUAAUAAAUUCAUAAAAGAACCAAACUUCAUGAAUGUUUUUUUUUGUGACCAAUCACUCUAUCACAAAAAAAGAAGAGUUGUAGAAAUUAUUAGAAAUUCAAGACAGCCAUGACAUUAUGUUCUUGACAUGUGUAUGUAAACUUUUGACCACGACUAUAUAUAUAUAUGUAUAUAUGUAUAGUUACUUAAUAUGUUUUUUAGCCCAAUGCGGCCCCCAAGUCAAAAAGUACAACAUACUUGGUCCAGGGACCCGCAAGGGUCUGUCAUAAAAGUGUCCAAAAUAAGUCAUAUAUGAAUUUGGAAAAAACGUUAUUCCACGAUUAAAAUCUCUUGAAAAACUUCACAUCUGUCGAUAUAAAGUUAAACCUUUUUUUAUGUUUUAUCCUGGCAAAAAAAAAAAAAUGUUUUUAAAGGCAUAAACACUAAAUAUGCAAUAUUUUCCAACCCCCCCAAAAAUGUUCAAAGUGGAAUAUUUGAUGUGAAGUAAUUGGAGUCCUAAAUAUGCCAAUAAUUUAUGACAACAUUGAUUUGAAAUUCUUGGGAAUCCAAAAAGGCAACAUUAAUAAAAGCGUUUAAAAAAAAAAUACCGGAUUUACCAAACUAUAGAGCGCCACACCCAGCAAAUUUUUGAAAAAAUUAAAAUAAAAAUUCCAUGUAUUAGUCGCACCGGCCUAUAAGCCGCAGAUAUAUAUGUUGUGAAAAUAGAUAUUUCCACAGAAAAAUUCCGUACAUGCUUAUUUAUAUACCUUAGUUAUUUUCAACAAGGCAGUAAAACGGCUGAUCAAACAAAACAGAAGUCAUCGUUAUGGACACAGCAGCUGCGCAAGCUCGCUCUCCAAUUAGGUAAACAGACUCGAUAACUCCACGGUGACGUUUUGGUGAAUUCACUGAAGAAUUUGUAAAAGGGAAACAAUACAAAAAGAAUGCCAUUGUACGUUAAUAAUAGGAACACAGACACCUAUGUGUGUUAGCAUAUUAGCUAAUGCUAACGACGCUAGCUUGAUUACAUUAUGAUUAGCGCGUACGAAUAUGCAUGAAAACACUCCUACAGACAUCUCAAAUGGGACGUCUUAGUACCUAAGAAUUGUUUUAGUUGUAUUGUAAAACUCACAAACGUUGCUCGGAGGGAGGAAUGAAGACUCCAUAAGGGUAAAAAUGCUAUGGACGGCGAGAAGACGGAGCGAUAUUUCUACUUCCCGGUUUGAAAGCACUGAAUGGAAGGACUCUGCAGCACUUACAGUGUACCAACUCGUCCAAAAGAUGGCGUCAUAGCUCAAACAAUAAAACACAUUGUCAGUGUG